AUGUUACAUUCUUUCCCUCAAGUUGCCUGCUGUCUGGCCCUGGUUCUUGGACUUCUACCCAAUAUUGUCCUCGCCCAGUGCGGUCCUGACAACGAUGGAGCUCGCUGCCCAUUGAACGUCUGCUGUUCAUCAGCCGGAUACUGCGGAACAUCAUCCGUGUACUGUGGUGAAGGUUGUCAGAGUUCGUACGGGAGCUGCUCUGUACCUACAGUUCCGUCUUGCUCUUCCGAUGGGAAGACGGCCACCAACGGUCGUCGUGUUGGAUACUGGCGCGUACAGCAGGCUUGGGACCGAUCUUGCGAUGUAGUCCUUCCCUCCCAGAUCCAGACCAAUGGGUUGACUCAUCUGAUCUUGGCGUUUGCCGAUUUCGACUCCAGCAGUUUCGCAGUGGGCGCUCAGAAUUCUCAAGAUGUCGAGUACUAUAAGCAAUUCACUGCUUUGCAGAGUGGUUCGCUGCAGACGUGGAUUGCCAUUGGUGGCGGCAGUUUCUCUACUGAGACUUGGUCUUCUAUGGCGGCUUCAUUUGAAUCGCGAUCUGCGUUCAUCUCGUCUCUCAAGUCUUUCAUGGAGACUUAUUCAUUCCAGGGUGUUGACCUUGAUUGGGAAUUUCCAACGACAAGCGAUGCAGCAAACCUGGUCACUCUCGUCCAGGAGCUGCGAGCCGCCUUUGGAAAGGAUUAUGGCAUCUCAGCGGCGGUACCAGCGGACUGGGGUAGCAUUCAGGGCUUCAACGCAGCCGGUAUGGGCAAAUACGUCGACUUCUUCAACUUCAUGGCAUACGAUUUGCACGGCUGGGGGAUUGAUCAAGGAACAGCCAAGGACACUGUGGCCUAUCAGGCCAGCAUAGUUGAUAUCGCCAAUGAUCUCAUGCCGUUGUGGGCGAACCAAACCGAUCCUUCGCUUAUCAACCUCGGCAUUCCCCUCUACGGCCGCGGGUAUACCCUCUCCUCCUCUAGCUGCAAAGACGCUGGUUGUGCUGCGUCGGGCCCCAGCGAAGAGGGCUCUUGUGUUAAAGAUCCCACAGGAGUCAUGGUCCUGAGUGAUAUCAAAAAGGCCAUUGCAGCCAACCAAGCCACCGUAGAGCUUGACAGCGAGGCUAUGCAGAAGGUUGCGACUUGGGGAAGUCAUCAGUGGAUAGGCUAUGAUGACGCUGAUACGUUGGCACUAAAGAUGACAUGGGCUGAUGGGUUGUGCUUGGGUGGUGCUGUAUUCUGGGCGCUUGAUAACAAUGGCGGUGCGUGGGGUGCUAAAGGUAAAAGCCCCUGCAAGGCUUAA